UCUUCUUCCUUUAAUUAUGCUCGAGUGACUUUACCUUCUCAAGAAUGAAUGCGAGGGAACUGUUAGCUUAUCAGAUUUCAGCUCUCUAAGGUGACCUUUUCUUCUCUACUAAUCACAGAUGUCCUACAAUCAGUCAACAUCCGACAGAAGCGAUAUUCAAUACCGGAGAACUAGGCGAUCCACCGGCUACCAUCAGCAGCAGCAACAACCACACCGAUCUUCCCCCGCCGGUUACGGUAGGGGAGCCGGCACCGGAGCUGUGACCGACUCUUCCACCAACGUUGAUCCUUGCUCAUCCUCUAAACGCAGUGGCAGUCUUGAGAAGCCUAACAAUGCUCAAGGAUGGCAUCAGCCUAGGGUGAAUCAUUCAGUUCCGGACAAUCACAAUGGUCCCAAUGUACAGUCUCGUUCUCAAGUUGCAGGAGCGUCCGGUGGAGCUAUUCCAAAGGCUCCUACUUCGCAGUCUACCACCUUGAACACAGCUAAAGCUCCUGGAGAUCCUUUUUCACUUGGUCCUGACUUAAUGAAGGUGACAGUUUGGGGACCUAAACAGGAUUUACUGAAUAAGGCUGCAGAUAAUCAGCUGAAGAAAGAGGGGAACAGUCCAUCAAGUGAAAAAACAGAUGUCCAAGUCCAACAUAUAUCCCUUCCAAGUCAUAUGCAGAAGUCACCAGUUACAAAUAUCCGCAUUCCUUCGUUGCAGACACCUGAUCAGGAUCCUCAGGUUCCUCACCCUAUGCAUUUCGGUGGCCCCAAUAUGCACAUGCAGCCUCCCAAUGUGGCUCCAGCCUCGUUUCAGAUGACAUUAUCUACGGGAAAUACACUUCAAAUCCAGCAGCAGGUGUUUUUCCAGGACCUACCACCAUCACAUCCGAUGCAUCAGGCUCAGGGACAUGGUUUUGCAACUCCUAUGGGGGCUCAGAUUCAUCCUCAGUUGGGCCAACAAAAAGGACCUUUUUCUUCUCCCCAUACUCCUGUGCAGGUGCUGCACAAAGCCGAGAGAAAAUACCAAGUAGGUGCAGUUGUAGAACAAGCAAAACAAUGGAAAUUUAAGGGCAUAUUGAACAAGUUGACCCCGCAAAACUUUGAGAAACUGUUGGAGCAAGUUAAAAGUGUCAACAUCGACAACGCUGUUACGCUUAUUGGUGUAGUUUCACAGAUAUUUGACAAAGCCUUGAUGGAGCCUACCUUCUGUGAGAUGUAUGCAGAUUUGUGUUUUCAUCUGUCUGGGGCGUUACCUGACUUCAAGUGGAAUGGUGAAAAGAUUAGCUUCAAAAGAUUGUUUCUCAAUAAAUGUCAAAAGGAGUUUGAGAGAGGAGAGAGAGGAGAGAGAGAAGAGGAGGAGGCCAGUAGAGUUGGUAGAGUUGGUGAAGAAGGACAAACUGAGCAGGAAAGAGAAGAGAAGAGACUCAAUGUUCGGAGGAGAAUGCUAUGUAAUAUUAGACUUAUUGGUGAGUUAUACAAGAAAAAGAUGUUGACUGAGAGAAUCAUGCACGCAUGCAUCCAAAAGUUGCUCGGGUAUGAUCAGGAGGAUCCACAUGAAGAGAACAUAGAAGCUCUGUGUAAGCUAAUGUGUACGAUAGGAGUUAUGAUCGAUCAUGACAAAGCUAAGGUCCCUAUGGAUGCAUAUUUUGAGAGAAUGAAAAUGCUGUCAUGCAAACAAGAAUUGUCUUCUUGGGCCAGGUUCAUGUUAGUUAAUGUCAUCGAUCUGAGAAAGAACAAAUGGCAAGAGAGUGUGAAACUUGAAGGGCCAAUUCCGGAUACUGUCGGAAAUAAAGAUUCUUGCGUCUUUCUCAAGGAAACUUCAACGAUAAAUGAAAGCAUGGAUGUCAAUGGGUUUAAUGUUUUGCCUUCACAAGUAGAAUCUGUGAGGCGACUGUUUGAGAGACAUCCAGACAUUGCAGUAAGGUUUCGUGCAAAGAACCAACUUCUGAGAAAUUCUUGCAUGAAUUCCCUUCUCAGCUUAAUCGAGACACUGUGUCAACCACUUGAAGAUCUCUCCAAUGAGGAUCUUAUCGGAGCAGAGAUUGCACUGACUUAUGUGAAAGAUUCAGGGUUUAGUGUGGAUUGGUUGGAGAAGAAGCUGGACCAAGUAAAAGAAAUGAAGGAGAAAGAGGUGUCUGGUUUAGCCAUACUCCAAGUAACAGAGGAGAAGUUACUGAAGCUGAAGCAAAAGUGUGCUGAGCUUGAGGCUCUAGCUGAGGAGCAGAAGGCCGAGUCGUCAGCCACUAUAACUCCUCUGUCAUUCUACGAUGUUGUUUGAUGACUUGGGCAGCUUAAGUUGAGCACUUGAGCUCUUACACAUAUGGGUUUUUAGUAUCUAAGGCUCUAAGUUACCAUCGUGUCAUUGAGCAUGUCUCUUUUUGCACUAGGUGCAGUUUCGUAUCAUAUUUUCAUUUUAUUUUUGUCAUUCAGACAAGCAACGACUCUGUGCGUAAGACAAGUAAUUGCCAUUUCUUAUAUUUA